AUGAGCGUGGUUGGCUUUGACUUUGGGAACGAGAGUUGCAUUGUUGCUGUUGCGAGGCAAAGGGGGAUCGAUGUCGUGCUCAAUGAUGAGUCCAAACGCGAAACUCCUGCCAUCGUUUGCUUUGGUGAGAAGCAGCGGUUCAUUGGAACUGCAGGAGCUGCUUCUACCAUGAUGAACCCCAAAAAUUCUAUCUCUCAGAUAAAGCGGUUGAUUGGACAGAAAUUCUCAGAUCCCGAACUGCAGAGGGAUCUGCAGUCAUUGCCUUUCCAAGUUACUGAGGGCCCUGAGGGUUAUCCUUUGAUACAUGCAAGAUAUCUCGGAGAAGCAAGGACAUUCACCCCAGCCCAAGUACUUGGCAUGAUGUUCUCGAAUCUCAAGGGUAUUGCUGAGAAGAAUCUAAAUGCAGCAGUGGUGGAUUGUUGCAUUGGGAUUCCAGUUUACUUUACAGACCUCCAGAGAAGAGCAGUCCUAGAUGCUGCUACUAUUGCAGGCUUACAUCCUCUUCAUUUAAUGCAUGAAACCACUGCGACUGCCCUGGCUUAUGGCAUUUACAAGACUGAUUUGCCAGAAAGUGACCCACUUAAUGUUGCUUUUGUAGACAUUGGUCAUGCGAGUAUGCAAGUCUGCAUUGCAGGAUUUAAAAAAGGACAGUUAAAAAUCCUGGCUCAUUCUUAUGAUCGAUCUCUAGGUGGCAGAGAUUUUGAUGAGGUUUUGUUCCACCAUUUUGCUGCGAAAUUUAAGGAGCAGUACAAGAUCGAUGUUUUCCAGAAUGCUAGAGCUUGUCUUCGGCUCAGGGCCGCCUGUGAGAAGCUCAAGAAAGUUCUCAGUGCAAAUCCAGAGGCGCCUUUGAAUAUUGAGUGCUUAAUGGAUGAAAAGGAUGUCAGAGGGCAUAUCAAGAGGGAUGAGUUUGAACAGAUCAGUGCCCCAAUUUUGGAGCGAGUGAAAGGACCUCUGCAGAAGGCUCUUGCAGAAGCUGGUCUUGCAGUCGAGAAUGUACAUAUGGUUGAGGUCGUCGGUUCCGGAUCUCGUGUUCCUGCUAUCAUUAGGAUUUUGACAGAAUUUUUCGGGAAGGAGCCUAGGCGAACAAUGAAUGCAAGCGAGUGCGUUGCCAGGGGGUGUGCUUUGCAGUGUGCAAUCCUUAGUCCAACCUUCAAAGUGCGAGAAUUCCAGGUCCACGAAAGCUUUCCAUUUUCCAUUGGCUUGUCAUGGAAAAAUUCCGCGGCAGAAACUCAGGAUGGGGCUGCAGAUAAUCAUCAGCAAACAACUAUUGUCUUUCCUAAAGGAAAUCCGAUUCCUAGUAUCAAGGCUUUAACAUUCUUUAGGUCCGGAACAUUUACUGUUGAUGUCCACUACGUUGAUGGCAGUGAACUGCAAGCUCCUUCAAAGAUCAGUUCAUACACGAUUGGCCCCUUUCAAUGUUCAAAAAGUGAACGUGCCAAACUGAAGGUCAAAGCCCGACUAAAUCUCCAUGGAAUCGUGUCUGUUGAGUCUGCAACACUCAUGGAAGAAGAGGAAGUGGAAGUUCCAGUUACAAAGGAUGCAGCACAAGAGGCGAAUAAGAUGGACACUGAUGAAACCCCUAGCGACACUGCUCCCCCUGCUUCUGCUGAAGCUGAUGUAAACAUGCAAGAUGCAAAAAGUGCUGCUGAUGCUCCUGGGGUAGAAAAUGGUGUCCCUGAGACAGGGGAGAAGGCUGUACAGAUGGAAACUGAUAUCAAGACUGAGGCUCCAAAGAAGAAGGUAAAGAAAACAAAUGUUCCUGUGGCAGAGGUGGUAUACGGUGCAUUGUCAUCAGGAGACUUACAGAAGGCAGUCGAGAAGGAAUUUGAGAUGGCUUUGCAAGAUCGGGUCAUGGAAGAGACAAAAGACAAGAAAAAUGCUGUGGAAGCUUAUGUCUAUGAUUUGAGGAACAAGCUGAACGAUAAGUACCAUGAUUUUGUCACGGAUUCGGAGAGAGAAAAGUUCACUGCUACACUUCAGGAGGUGGAAGAUUGGUUAUACGAAGAAGGUGAAGAUGAAACGAAAGGUGUCUAUGUUGCAAAGCUUGAGGAACUUAAAAAGCAAGGUGAUCCUAUAGAAGAGCGUUAUAAGGAACACAUGGAAAGAGGAUCGGUGAUAGAUCAACUUGUUUAUUGUAUAAAUAGUUACAGAGAAGCAGCCAUGUCGAAUGAUCCCAAAUUUGAUCACAUUGAUCUCUCUGAGAAGCAGAAGGUCUUGAAUGAAUGUGUAGAAGCAGAAGCCUGGCUAAGAGACAAGCGGCAGCAGCAGGAUUCUCUUCCUAAACAUGCUCCUCCAGUUCUCUUGUCAGCUGAAAUAAGGAAGAAGGCAGAGUCGUUGGACAGGUUUUGCCGGCCAAUAAUGAUGAAACCAAAGCCUGCCAAGCCUGUUACUCCCGAGGCUCCCCCUCAGCCUGCUCAGGGUGGGGAGCAGCAACCUCAAGGUGAUGUCAAUGACGAUGCCGAUGCAAGUUCUAAUGCUGAUGCUGCUGCUGGGACUGAUGAUGUACUUCCUGCUUCUGGGGAGCCGAUGGAUACCGACAAGUCUGAGGCGCCUCCCUCUUCUUAGAGUUUUGCUUGGUAUAGCUGCACAUCAUGUGUUAUUGAUUGUGUAAGGAUUCGCUGGUUCAAACCUCAGAAGCUUCCGCUGGGAAAGGGUUGAGAGGUUAUAGGAAAGCCUGAUUCAUAAUUAUUGCAAAGGCUUUUGGGUGUUCUCCAAAGAUUUUUUCUUUUGCAGUGUUUUCUUAAAAGACGAAGCUAUGAAUGCUCCCCCAACUGAGUUUCCCUUCCCCUUCUUGGUGCGGUUGCUGCGAAUCUACGAUGUAGCGUCUGUAUUAUUUCGUGUGGAUGGAUUUUGUUAAAUGAUAAGGUCCAAUUUUUCA